AUGACGGUGAAGGCCGACUCGACUGUGUUCGUCAAGCUCAUCUCGUUUCGCGGCAUGCAGCUCAACAAAUUGAUCGGCAACGGCACCACGUACCUCCACAUGACGAUCGUCGACCGGUUGUUCCCCGAGAUGAUCCGCGCGCUCGUCCAUCAACAGACGGCUCGGGCGGCGUCAUGGUGUCGGACGUGA